UUUCGAAACCAUCCUGAAUCCUUUCUUCAAAAAUGUCUCUUCUUCUCCAUCUCAAUUUAAUCACCGUACUGCUAUCUCUUACAGUCCCGUUCGUCGCUUCAUUAUCCUUCAAGUAUGACAGCUUCAGUUAUAAAAAUGAUGAUGGCAUGGUUUAUGAGAGAGAUUGCGCUGUCCGAUAUGAUCGUAUCAUUCAACUAGUACAAAGUCAGGUUAACGUUGGUCGAGCUUUUUAUAAUAAAAGCUUGCCGCUUUGGGACAAAACGACGGGAGGACUCGCAGACUUCACCACCCAUUUCUCUUUUGUUAUCGAUUCUGAUAACAGUUCUUCGUACGGAGACGGGAUGGCAUUCUUCCUUGCGCCUGAAAAUUCAACAAUUCUGACUGUUAGUGGUGGAGGCUCUUUUGGCCUUACGAAAGACGACGAGCCCUUAAAAUCAAUAUCCAAUCCGUUUGUUGCAGUGGAGUUUGAUAUUUUUCACAACGAGUGGGAUCCGCCUGGUGGUGAGCAUGUGGGUAUUGAUAUCAGCUCCAUGUUCUCAGAGAAAACAAUUCCAUGGUGGAGUACAAGUAACAUCAAGGGUGGAGUGAAAAAUGAAGCAUGGAUCAGUUACAAUUCAAGUACACAAAACCUGAGUGUAGCCUUCACUGGCUUUAGAAAUAACGUCACAGUGAUGCAGUACCUUGAUUAUAAAAUAGAUUUGAGGGAGUUUUUACCUGAUUCGGUCAAAUUUGGCUUCUCAGCAGCAACCGGAAGCACAUUUGCAAAGUUUAGCGUUUACACUUGGGAAUUCAAUUCAACCUUUGAAGCUGCAAAUCCUUUCGUCGAGAGAAAAAGAAGAGAAAGAAAAAUUACAACAGAGCUUGCAGUGGGACUGAGUAUUGGUGGAGUUGUUUUGGUUGGAGGGUUAGUUUUUCUUUGGCUUGUUUCCAUGCGUAGGAAGAGAUACAACCAAGAUGAUGAAGAUAAACAAUUGUUCAGCGGGUAUAUGGAUGAUGAUUUUGAAAAGGGAACGGGACCCAAGAGGUUUCCGUACAAGGAAUUGGCUCAGGCAACAGAUAAUUUCAACGACCAACACAAGUUAGGAGAAGGAGGCUUCGGUGGGGUUUAUAAAGGAUUCUUGAGGGAAUCGAAUUCUUAUAUUGCAGUGAAGAGAAUUUCAAAAGGGUCUAAACAAGGUGUAAAGGAGUAUGCAUCAGAAGUUAAAAUUAUUAGCAGACUGAGGCAUAAGAAUUUGGUGCAACUUCUUGGUUGGUGCCAUGAGAGAAAGGAACUCCUGCUUGUUUAUGAAUUUAUGCCUAAUGGUAGCUUAGAUUCUCAUCUUUUUAAAGAAAACAGUUUAUUGACAUGGGAAAUGAGGUAUAAAAUUGCUCAAGACUUGGCCUCAGGAUUGCUGUAUUUACAUGAAGAAUGGGAACAAUGUGUUGUGCAUAGAGAUAUAAAAUCAAGCAACGUUAUGUUGGACUCAAAUUUCAAUGCUAAGAUUGGAGAUUUCGGAUUAGCUAGGCUUGUGGAGCAUUCAAAAGGGUCACAAACCACACUUUUGGCAGGAACAAUGGGCUACAUAGCUCCUGAAUGUGUCAUCACAGGCAAAGCUAGCAAAGAAUCAGAUGUAUACAGCUUCGGAGUUGUUGCUUUGGAAUUGGCUUGUGGGAGGAAACCAAUCAAACCAAUGGCAAAAGAAGGUGAGGUCUAUAUGGUACAGUGGGUUUGGGCGUUCUACGGAAGUGGAAAACUCCUGGAAGCAGCUGAUCCAAGACUAAGUGAAGAUUUUGAUAAGCAACAAAUGCAAAUAUUGAUGAUAGUUGGGCUGUGGUGUGCUCAGCCAGAUGAAAAUCUCCGGCCUUCGAUUAGGCAGGCCAUUCAUGUGCUUAAUUCUGAAGCUCCAUUGCCUGUUCUCCCACCCAACAUGCCUGUGCCAACAUAUCUAGCAGCUUCAGGGAACAUCCCCAUAUCUGCAUUUUCGAAUUCGUAUGAGGCAAGUAUUUCUGAAGGAGGUCAAAACCUGACCCAGUCUUCUGCUUUUAAUUCAAACUACCACUCCAACUCCUCACAGUCAACAGCAUUUUCCGGUUAAAUUUUGUUGUACAUCUGUUUCUUUUCUUUUUUGAAUGAGCAAUAUUAACGUUACCAUCAAUUUGUUCUAUGGCUUUCA